AUGCCACCAAAAAAAGUCAUCCCGGACGAGGUCUAUGUCAUCUCGUCAAUCGUAAGAGAUGAUAACCCUGAGCUCGACGGGCUGCAGCCGGCCGAGGUCUACACGACCCUAGCUGCCGCGAAUGCAGCGGCCAGGAAGAUGAUGAUCCGCCAUGCUGAGGCCUGCAAUCCAUAUGGCGACCUUGACGAAUUCGAAUUCCGUCAUGAAGAGAAGGCCGAUGGAUGCUACUAUGGCGAGCUGGAAGGCGGACCACACGGACACGUUACUGCCGAGGUCAAGGUUUCCAGGGCAAUUCUGAAACAGGCCGAGGCCGAUAAGUCGGCUACCACUUCUGCCAAGGGGAGGGUAAAGAAGGAGAUCAAGUCAGAGCCCAAGGAUGACGAGGACGAAAAGGAAGAAGAUGAUGAUGAUGAUGCCGAAGAGGAAGAGACAGCUCCAAAACCGACCAAGGGAAAGAAGGGCCCACCCAAGACCGCCAUCAACGCAAAGACGCACCGGAAAACAAUCCCACAAGGAGAGCCAGACUGUCUAGCGGGGCUCAAGCUACUCUUUACAGGCACAUUUGAGACAAUGGAUCGCAAGACAUCGAUCGCGACAGCCAUCAAGUAUGGCGCCGAGGUCAUUACCAAGCUCGAGGACACGGACUACAUUGUCAUUGGCACACGCGCCGGGCCUGCAAAGCUCAAGAAGAUCAAUGAGCUAGAGCUUGAGACCAUCAGCGAGGAGGAGUUCUUCCAGAUCCUCGAGCACGGCAUUCCCGAGGAGAAGAAGCAGCGAAUGGAGAACCGCCGUUUCGCCGACGAGGAGGAAGGACCUGAAGAGUCGGACGAAGAUGAGAAACCAAAGAAAAGGGCAGCGGCCGCGAAAGCAAAAGCAGCCCCGGCGAAGAAGAGAGCUAGGCGGUAG